AUGAGCAGAGCGAAAACACCUGCCCCCCGAGCUAAAGAAAAUGCAAAGCUUUGGACGCACACCAAGGAUGAUUUGCAAAUGCUCCCGGCCGCCCUUUUUAUGGUAAAUCUUUUUUUUCGAAAAGCCAGGGACACUUCUCUACACUUCCUGUUCUCUCAUCCCAAACCUGACUCGACCACCUGUCCGGGUGAUAUUUUGUAUAUACCUACAGAGCCACCUCCCCAUACAACUAGCAGUUCAUGUCACAAGGAGAUACACACAGCUGGUAAGGCUGCUUUUUGUCAGAUCUUUCUAAUAACCCCUUAUCUUCAUGCUUGCUGUAACUGGGUGUGAGUCACUGUAUUCUAAAUACACACACAGAGACACCCUACGUUAUAUUUUCCUUAGGGAUGCAAUUAAGGCACAAUCCUUUAGACAGGUAGCUAUGGCAGCCAAACAGCGCAUGUGAUUAGCUUCAACCAGCGAUAAAAUGGUAAAAAUACCGGGUAACUAAUGACUUUCCUGCUGCAACUGAGGCCAUCCCUAUUUUUUUUUUUCCCAAUCGCUUUUCGCUUCCCUCUACAGCAGAACCUGCUAUUUAAUGCAGAGAGCAUUGUAAGUGCUUACCACAAGAGCCAGAUUCAACCUCUCUCUAUAAACCUCAUAAUUCUUCGAGCUUUAUCCCCGGCUAUAAAAUCUCAUCCUCUGGAAGAAGGGGGAAAAAAAAUCGCACUAUUUUGCUAUCAGUCACAACAGGAUUGUCGGUACAUUAACAGAUUACAUUCUGGGUUUCAGGCAGAUUUUGCAGGAUUUCAUUUGCUUAAAAGGCCACUCUGACUUUUUGGAUGGCUCUCAAAUACAUAUCUCUCUCUUUUUUAUGAUUAAUUUUCUCCCCCUCUCCCUGAUUUUUUUUUCUUCUUCUUAACAAGGAUUGGUAUAUAUUUCAAGUAAUAUUCCCUUUUUUUUUUUUUUAAUAGAAGCGGCAGACAGAAGAGGUAAGUGAAUUUUCUUUCUCCUUUAUAUAGAAUGUUUAGAUAAUGAAAUUUGUGCUUUUUUUUGUGUGUGUGCGCUUUUUAACAAAAUCAGAAGGUUCUAUUUUUUAAUGCAAAAUGAUGUUCUUGUUUUUGCGGUUGUGAGUUACAGGUAAUUACAUUUAUAGGAAAACGAAGCAUAUAAAGUGGAUAAAAAGUUAAUUAGUUCCAUAGUCAUCUCACAUAUAAUUUUAAUGCUGAUGAUGAUGUAAGGAAAGGAAAGAUGAUAAAAUUACUGGUAUAACUUGCCAGAAGAGCUUGCAAUCUGCGCUAUGUUGGAAUUUGAGUGCAGAUCAGUUUAACCCCAGAUGUGUUUUCUGUGGGACUGGGCCUGUAGAUUCAGUUUAGCCAAAUGGAUGGUGUACGUGAAAUCUGCGCUCACAAAUCAACCUAUAAUUUGUUUUCUGUGUGCAAAGCACGGUUGUCACGUCAAAGUCACUGCAUUAGUGUAGAUCAUCUGUUGUAUGAUCUUAAAGCUGCUGCAUCUGUCGUGUCAAAGGGUUAUUGAGGUUUGUGAAAGUAACUUUGGUGCUGCAAGAGGAGUAGGCAAACUCUGGGGCUCCUGAUCAUCAGAACUACAUCUCCCAUGAUGCUUAUGGUGUUAUCGGCCACAGCAUUUGAUCUGUCCCUGUUUAAAUACCCCUGUGCAGUUAAUGUAAAGAUCCACUCCCCACUACUCGCUGUCACUUAACAAGUCGAACAAAACUAUUCUUGCUACACAACUCUGUAGAUCAUGCUUACUUACAGGAGCUGGAUGACCACAUCUAAUACGCCUCUAAAAAUUAAAUCUAUGUGGACUAUAUUUAUAUAAAGACAGCAAUAAACAUUAUUUCUAAUUUACAUGAAUCGCCUCGACCUCCGCAAGUCCUUUUGAUAUGUUAGCUAUUUUUUUCAUCUUCGCACACAGCAAAGUUAGCUUUUUGGGGUGGCAGCCAUAUUGCUUUUACAGCAGAUUGUGAUUAAGGCCCUUUAAGUUGCAGAUCAAUUAUUGUAACUUGUAAAAAAAAAAACAUUAAAUUACAUAUUAUUUUGUGAAACGUGAUAUCCGUUGGCUUGUUCAUUAUACAUUUCUUAUAAUCUUUUGAAAAAAAUAUUUAUUAAGAAUGGUUUCCAAUGCAGUAUGCUGAAAAAAUGAACAUGGCUGCUCCUUCUAAAAUUACAAGAUAGCUAAAAAAAAAGUAUAUAAACAUAUAUAUAAUUUUUUCCCCGCCAGUUCUCUACUAAUGAUCAGACACAUUUAGCUCAAGAUUAGAAGCUUCUAAAAGAUAGUGGAAUUGUAUUAGUAAUUUUGGCAGCAAGUUAGAUUAACCAAUUAUGUUAUUAUUAAUAGAUAAAUGGUAGUGAAAGUAUAUAGGCACACUCAUUUAUGGCUUAGCAUAAUGGGCCUUAUAGAUCCAUUGCAGCUCAAGAGCUACCUGCUGAUUACUCCAGACAUACAGUCUCUUUGAUCAAUCAGCUAAGUAGGACAAGUUGUACGACUUGGCAAAACUACUGGCAACAAAAUAAUCUAAUAGUAUAAUUAUUGAGAUGCUGUGUAGAUUUCCCAGUUAAUGCAAAUGGAUUUUUUUUUUUUUUACGACCAACUUUUCCAACUCUAAAUGGAUAUUAUAUCUUCAUAAGUGGUGCAAGAAUUUAUGGUGAUAUCAUUUAUUCUGCUUUCUUUUCAUUACGUAACUUCUAACUAACUUUAGUUUGUUCACUGAACACAGAAAGGCAGGGAACUGAAAAUUGUCAAAUUUAGGCCAAGUUAGCUAAGCCGUGACAAUACGCAAGUUGGAAUAUUUUUUGUUACCAAAUUAUCUUUUUUUUUGGCCUGAAUUUUGCAAUUUGUUGUAAUUUACUGUUUCGUUAAUAAACCCCUUUGAGUCGCCCUUUUCUCGCCCCACGUAUGAUGCACGGUAUGUGUAAAAUGAACAAGGUACCUGGAGGAAUCUGCAGGAAACAGCCUGUCUCACAUAUGUUUAUUUGAAUUUAUUGGAAUGUAGCUGAAAUUUUCCAGAGCCAGGAAAAGACAGCAUUGCAGCAAUUUCUGCAAAAGACCAAAAAAUGGAAAAAAAGAAUCUCCUUUCCCCACCCUUACAGCGCAAAUUUAAGAUUCAGGACGAUAUUAUAUCUCAUCUGCACUUAAAGAGUUAAACCUGUUAGGAUAGCGAAUGGGACUCUUUCGCUCCUCCCAAUUUUCCAAUUGACUCCGUAAACAGGUUUGUUGUGUCUCUUGAGGUGGCUGAAUGUUUUCCCUCCGGCUGUGUUGCUGUCAUUAGGUUUCGUUUUGGCUAAUUAGAUGCAGAAGGGAUUAAUAGCAUAACAUGAAAUAUAUUCUCUUCUCGCUGGUACGGACUCAGUAUAUACAGUGUAUAUGCAUGUACACUGUGUGUGUGCAUGAAUUAUAAUCCAAAUAUAUCAUUUAACUAUGGCUAGAAUGUUUUCUUUUUUCUUUUCUGUAUUUUCUGCAAUAUUUUUUCUUAUGUUUGCAGGAAUUUAGACUCCGCUACAUAUGUGCACUUGUCUUUACUGACUAUUGGUUUUUCUCCUUUUUAAAAAAAAAAAAUAUAUAUAUUUUUAAUGCGCCAAAAUCUUACGACUCACCUUCCUGGCAGACAAUUUACCCUCAUAAAUUUUCCCGAUUAUUAUUUAUGUACCUAAAUGUGAUAAAUAGAACCUUAUACGUGUUUAAAAUGCAUAUGUUUUCUUUCUAACCAAUGAUUCUUGGAAAAUGUACUUCUCAGACCUCUAUAGUGGGAGGUUUUAGCUAAUACUGCUCGCUGUGUCUGUAACCCCUGGGGACUAAACUUACAGGGUUAUCCACUAAAGCAUGAAUUAUGGGGAAUUUAAAUUUGAGAAAUCCCAAAUGUUACUGGGGAAGUCAAAUCAGGGGUUACUUAGGGUUGGGACACUGAACAGGUUUUUAGGAAUUAUCAGCACUUGGAAUGCAGUGGACUCAGAAUCCUAUCAUUCUCACCCAGGCAAGUCUGGUUUAGAAGUUAGUCUAAUACAUUCACAUUUUACAAGUACGCUUCUGUACCCCAAUAACAGAAGGAUUCAGGGAGCACGUAUGUACCCCAAGCUUUUUUUUUUGUGACAUUCUUUAUUUGUUUAGGUAUUUGUGAUACAACACAAUUUAAGCAUAACAGCAACCGUAACAGAGUGUAUACAACUUUGCCACAACUUAUCUGGUCUGAAUUAGGACGGCAAUGUAAUUCUGGAGGUGAAUGCCAUAUGCAGGCGGCUCAGAUGCCGCUUCAGCAUUAUCUAACGAAAGCUCGAAACUUGUAUGGUCUCCUCUGUCUUACCCUUGUUGGCUAGUCUGAUGAGUCGGACAAUGUCCGGGCACCUCGGUAACAAUAACCUGACCUCGAGACUAGUGUGGUGAUGUGUACGAGGUAUGUAGUAGCUCUGGGGUGCCCUUUGGCAACUCGGAUAACUAAUUUGAGCCCUAUAGUCUGAAGCUGGUGUCCCCAAUAAUCCGUGUUGUGUGGGUUUUUAUCAGAGAAGUGCGUUAGGAAUGACUCGACAGGAAGCAUCUGGCUGAGAGAGCUGAAGGGACGCGUCCUCAUCGUCGGGGAAGUAUGGCUAGCUUCCGGCCUUCGUGCCGUCCCGCAACCUAAUAGUGCACCCCCGUUCUGUCCCUGUGGAUUUCGUGAGCCCAGAGUCUUCAUGGACCCUCUGUGCCUACGUGGCCUAUCUCUGUCCUGCACCCCUUUUUUCCCUCAUAGCUCCCCGUGCACCCUGCAUGCCAGGGCAGAUUACUGUUUGGCCUGGGUGCCUACGCGAGAUGAGUCGUCUCGGUUUGUCGUCAGUCUGGGUAGAGGAGUGGGGAGGGGGGAGCUAGUCAUCGUUGUGUGGUCAGGUAAGGGGAUCAACCCAACUGGUUACCCCGAGCUUUUAAACUUUACACGUCACACUUAUUUUAAAGGCAACAUUUUUUUAAAAGUGAAUUCCUGACUUAGACAAACUAAUUUCAAUGUUGUUAAUAUGAUUGCGAGAACUUGAACGCAAGUAUUUUUUUGUUUUAUUUAUAAAUUGUUUUACCAAGAAAAGUAUUUUUAGAUUGCUAUUGUUUUCAAGUCGGUCUGACGGACCAUGCAAAAUACAAUGUUUGGUUUAGCAAUCAGGCAGACAUCAGGCAUUGUUAAAUAGCUAAGGGCUUCGAGAUACAUUGUAGGACUUUGGUGCACACAUAUACUACACGUUGUAUGCUCACACCGGGGUAGGAGGAGGGCAGGGUUGUGCAAACAGAUGGUAAGCAUGUCAGCAGAAUUAGCAACGGGCAGCAUCGGGAUAAUGUUAUGCACUAGCGACCAGAAUCUGCUGUUUGGAUUUGCAACAAAUAGUCGAUAACAGAAGGGCCCCGAGAGAUCACCUCGGGAAAUGCUAUUGUCUGUCUCGAUGUCCAUCUGCCACCACCCCAUACAAUUACAGAAAAGAAGGCAUUCGGUUAUUGUAUUUAAGAUCACAUAUAUGUUUUUAAUGCCAAAGGCUUGGCCAUCAUAUUCCCAUGUAUUUGUUUUAACAGAUAAUGAAAUGGGUUAAGAAAUAAAUAAAAAAAAUAAAAAAAUCAGAAUGUAACUUUUUUUUUUUUUAUACAAAAGAGAUUUCUCAUUCAUCCAUUUCAUUAACACUAGAGGGCGCGCAAUGUCUCUAUUGUAGUUUUUUUCUAACACAAGGCCUAGUGCCAAACUACCAGCGAGGAUAAAGUACUGAUUCUGAAGUCCAGAGAUUAGGCAUUUACAUAGGCUUUAACCCCUUAAGGACCAAACUUCUGGAAUAAAAGGGAAUUAUGACAUGUCACACAUGUCAUGUGUCCUUAAGGGGUUAAGUAAUAAAUAUAUAAAACUCUAUAUGUAAAAUAAAAGAAGAACAACAUCUAAAUUUAGUUUAGUGACGUUUAGAAACCAAGGAAAAUAAACAACAAAUACAUUAAACAAAGAUAGUUACAGGGCUAUUAUGUAAAAUAUGGAAGGGAACAUUUCAGCUAAAUUAGCCAAGCUGUAAAUACAGCUGAGUAGCUGGAUCGGUCUCUUCUUCCCGCGACGUCACGUUGAUUGGUGAACCUAAGGUCCAUGUGCGACGUGUAUCGCAAGCGAAUUAGAUCUUCCACUCAGAAAAGCAUUGAAUUUAUGUUUUCCAAUGGGUAUUUUGAAAGACACUGGACAUCCUCAUGCAGAGCGUGCAGACACUUCCAACAUAGUUAUACUCCGCGAGAAGGCAGGAAGUAUCUCUGAAACUGGAAUGUUUUACAAGGUUAAGGCGACAGGGGCACCUCACCCUGAGCACUUCAAUGAGAUGAAAUGGUCUGGGUGCCUAUAGUGUCCCUUUUAAAGGAACAAAACGUGUAUUCAUAAUGCUAUAGUGUUCUCCUCACCAUUUAGAUUUGUGCCCCUGCAAGAGUUAAAAAUGGCUUUUUGCUCACCUUAAAUCCUGCUAGCCCCCAUGCUUGAUGGUCUUAGCCAAUCCAAUGCUUCACAAUAGUAAAGCAUUGGAAGGCUAGUGCACAUGCGCAGCAAAACACCACUCUGCCAUGGUCAGCAUCUCCUCAUAGAGAUACACUGAAUGCAGAGUGUGGAGAUGCUGAAUGUAGGUCCUGAAGGAUUGCAGAACCUUGUCCACCUCCAGUGACUGCCACUGGAGGUGGAGUGUUCACAUUGCUGGCUCUGCAGGGACAAGCUAUAUGCCACAGGACCACCAUAUUAUGCUCUAGUGGUUCUGGUGUCUAUAGUGUGCCCUUUAAUUUACAAAACCAGAAGUUGUGAGGAAUCAACAAGUGGCUACUGAAUUAGGAUAAAUAGUGUGGCUGGAAUAUUUUUUCUGAUUUUGCUGUUUUGGACUAAGGUUUGCAUUUCAUUUUGUUAAUUACCAUAACUUAUAAUAUGAAUGAAGCUAUUAGGUAACGAAUACUGCUAAAUCUAGCUAUAUAAAACAGGUCUCUGUGGCAACCUUAGUGCACCAUAAAGCAGAUGGUGAACCUACAUACCAAAUGCAUUUGCCUCUGACGAAGGUGCCAUUCAGAGCACCGAAACGUGUCAGGCGUGUUUUACCUUCACUCCCUCACUAUAGCACUCACUGUGGAAAGCACUUUUUUUUGUUAUUGAGCUGUAAUUUUAUUUUUUAUUUUUUUACUUCACCACAGUUUAAUAGUUAGUGAAGAUCAUCUAUUCAGCAGUGUUAAUUUUGGCAGAAGAUUUCAAUAUAGUUUUAGUCAUAGUCUUUUGAUUAACAAGCCAUUUGUUAACACUAAAUCUAGUAUGGCCUCUUUACGAGUUGGCUCCUCAAUAACUUGUUUUAGAGACAAUCCCAGUAGGGAGUUUAGAAUAUGUGUGCUCCUGGCACAAGCAGCUAUUUUUGUUUUCCAAUUCACAUCAGGAAGAUUAAAGUCACCCAUGAUGAUAACUUCCCCCUUCAUUGUCAUUUCAGCUAUUUCCUCAACUAGUAGAUUAUCUAACUCUUCAAUUUGUCCAGGGGGCCUAUAAAUCACACCUACACGAGUUACUGUGUGAUUACCAAAUUCUAACGUAGCCCAAACGGACUCUAUGUUUGUCUCACUAACUUUUAUUAGGCUAGAUUUUAUGCAGUCCUUCACAUACAGGACCACCCCUCCCCCUUUCUUGCCUUCCCUAUCUUUCCUAUAUAAAGAGUACCCUGGUUUUGCUAUGUCUCAGUCAUUUUUCUCAUUAUACCAUGUCUCAGUAACAGCGACUAAAUCUACAUUAUCAGUUGCCAUGAUUGUCAAGAGGUUCAUGGAUUAUUGCCUAAACUGUGAGCAUUUGUAGACAUGACUCUAAGCUUAUCAUUUUUUAACACACUUGCUACAGGCACCUUCUGUCCUUGUUUUGGGGGACAAUUGGAUUGAUGUUUUAUCAUCCUUUUGUCCCCCACCCUGCUAGUUUAAAUACAUCCUAGCAAAACCUCUGAACCGCUCACUGAGAACAUUUGUUCCCUUUUGAGAAAGAUGCAAACCAUAAUUUUUUGUACAGUUUAUUUCCAUUCCAAACAGAGCUACCAUGUUCUAGUCAUAUUUUAGUCAUCUUUAUUGUUUUCGUUUUAGUCGACUUAACCCCUUAAGACCGGAGGGCGUACUAUUACGCCCUAUUCUAAGCGGCUCUAAAUGCCGCCGGGCGUAAUAGUACACCCUCUGGUCUUUUCCUACUUACCCGGUUGCCGGUGAUCGCGGUUGGGGGGACUCGCAGGGAGCCCCCCGCGGCACGUCCUUGCGAGGACCCCACAAUCACAUGGCCGGGAGUAGCUGGCUGCAGCAUUGCCAGCAAGGGGACUGCCUGUAAUGACAGGUGGUCCCCCUGCUGGCUGGAAAUAAAAUCAAAUAAAUUAAAAAGUGUAAAAAAAAUAAUAAUAUAUACUUAGAUCAUAUACAUAUAUAUAUAUAUAUAUAUAUAUAUAUAUAUAAAACAAGAGGGGAUCUAAGUAUAUAUAUACAUGUAUACAUACACACACACACGUACACUGUCUAGGUGUAUUUUACUAUUAAUAAAUAUAUAUAUAUUAAUAUCAAAUUACACGUAGACUGAUACUGAUUAAAUAUAUAUAUAAUUAUUGUUAUAUAUAUAAUAUAAAAAAAAUGUAAAUACGUUAAAUACGUUAAAAAACUAAAUUAAAAAAAAAAAUUAAAAAAUAUAUAGAUGUGUGUUAUUUCGUUCUAACUGUAUUGUUAAAUUAAUAUAUAUAUAUCAAAAUACACGUAGAACGAAAUAAUAUAUAUAUCUAUAUACAUAAAUAUAUACGUAUAUAUCACUAUAUAUACCUAUAUAUAAAUAAAAAUAUUUUUAAAAAAUUAUAUAGAUAUACACAUAUAUAUAUAUAUAUACACAUACGUAUAUAUAUAUAUAUAUAUAUAUAUAUAUAUAUAUAUAUAUAUACACAUAUAUUAAUUCUACAUAUAUAUUUAUGUAAUAUUUUUACAUAGUUAGGUAUCUUAAUUAAUUACAAUUAGCGGGACCUGCCUGACAACCCAUGCCAAAAGUAAAGGGAAUUUAAUUUGCUAGCACUAUAUUUAACCCUAUAACUUUCCAAGACACCAUAAAACCUGUACAUGGGGGGUACUGUUCUACUCGGGAGACUUCGCUGAACACAAAUAUUAGUAAAACAGUAAAAUGUAUUACAACGAUGAUAUCGCCAGUAAAAGUGAAGUUUUUUUGCAUUUUUCACACACAAACAGCAUUACACGGACGAUUUUAUUGUUGCGAUACUUUUUACUGUUUUGAAACACAAAUAUUUGUGUUCAGCGAAGUCUCCCGAGUACAACAGUACCCCUCAUGUACAGGUUUUAUGGUGUUUUCAAAAGUUACAGCGUCAAAUAUAAGGCUUGUGUUUCAUUUUUUUCACAUUAAAAUUCGCCAGAUUGGUUAGGUUGCCUUUGAGACCCUAUGGUAGCCCAAGAAUGAAAAUUACCCCUAUGAUGGCAUACCAUUUGCAAUAGUAGACAACCCAAGGUAUUGCAAACAGGGUAUGUCCAGUCUUUUUUAGUAGCCACUUAGUCACAAACACUGGCCAAAAUUGGCGUUUUUUGCAUUUUUCACACACAAACAAAUACUAACGCUAACUUUGGCCAGUGUUUGUGACCAAAUGGCUACUAAAAAAGACUGGACAUACCCCAUUUGCAAUACCUUGGGUUGUCUACUAUUGCAAAUGGUAUGCCAUUAUGGGUGUAAAUUUAAUUCCUGGGAUACUAUACAGUCUCAAAGGCAACGUAACCAAUCUGGCGAAUUUCAAUUUCAAAUGUAACGUGCUAUAUUUGACCCUGUAACUUCCUAAAAUGCCAUAAAACCUGUAAAUAGGGGGUACUGUCUUACACGUGAGACUUUGCUGAAUACAAAUAUGUGUAUUGUACUGCAGUAAAAGCAAACUGUAUUAUGACAUUGACCGGUAAAAUGUCAUGUAGAACUAAAAAACUUUUUAAAUUUUUUUAUUUUCUCCCAUUGUUUUCAUAUUAAAUUAUGUUUCAUAGCUAAAUAUUUGAUAUUAAAUGAAAGCCCUGUUUCCCCUGAAUAAAAUGAUAUAUAAUAAGGGUGGGUGCAUUUACUAUGAAAGAGGUGAAUUACGGUUGGACAGACAUGUAGCGCAAAUGCCAGGUUUUGUUUACAUUUUGUUUUGUUCACAACGUGUACAUUUGGCUCCGUCCUUAAGGGGUUAAUCUACUAGAGAUUUUAGUCAACAUAGCUUCUGUCUAUUUUGCCCUUUCCCCAGCCGCUCUGUGUCUUUUUGUGUCCUCCCAGCCCCUCUAGGUGUCUCUCUCUCCCACGCUCUGGUCUGUCUCUUUUGCCCCUUUCACAGCCCCCUGUGCAGUGUAAAUUUUGGCAGCAAAUUUCAAUUUAGUUUUAGUCCGUCUUUUGACUAAAAAUUUUUUUAGUUUUAAUCGUAUUUUAGUUAUCUGAAUUAUUUUAGUUGAUUAAAUCUCAAAAUAUUUAGUCGACUAUAAUUUGAAAUUGUUAGUCCACAAAAUUAACACUGCUAUUCAGGAUAGCAGUUUCUUUCGUGACAAGUAGAUAGGUCCAAACUGGGGAACGUUUUUGGAUUUAGCUAAUCUCUCCUUUCCCUUUGUUAAUUUUUGUCCCUGUCCUCCAUUGCCUUUAAGGCAUUUUCCACCUGUCUCUCUGGCAUGUAGGUGCACCCUCUGCUUUGUAGGACACAGAUAGUAGUAGGAACAUUUUAGGUGACUUUUCCUCUGUAUGCCCUUAAGAUUAUUUCCCACUCAUAGGAAUCUGUAAGUGAAUAUAGCUUACCUUUAUAUUAGUUGCAAAUGCAUAUUGUUUUCUGUUCCCAUCGCUUUCCCCUUCGCUGAUUCAGUGAGUGGUUAGGAGGGUGAAUCAUUGAGUUCUUUAGUCUUGUUAUCUAAUAAUUUAGUAUCUAAGGCUGCUAUAGAAUUUAGCCUUUUGUCAUAGCCACCAGCCACCUCCAUUUACCACUCACAUCUCUCAGGCAAACUUUUAUCACCUUUUUUUUGUAUAUGCAGAUCUUCCCAUAUGCCUAUUUGUUUCAUAUACCUUUAGUAAGGUUAUUUUCAUGCCUUUUUUCUGCAGUCCAUUAAACUGUAUAGGUUUAGUUACCUAAUAGCUGAAUUUAUACUAUAUACUAUACUUCGUUUAUCAUUACUUUUUUUAUUUUUAUUUUUUGUGAGUGUGUAGCUGGUAAACAUGCAGAGCAAGGCUACAUUAAAUUUUCUAUAUAUAUUUAUCUAUGCUGGAUAUAGUUUAACUUAACACCUUAAGGACACAUGACAUGUGUGACAUGUCAUGAUUCCCUUUUAUUCCAGAAGUUUGGUCCUCAAGGGGUUAAACCACUUAAAACACUUAAAAUUGGUGCAGGCAUGUUUGUGGAUUUUUAGUGAUAACAAUUUCUACAACCCAUACUCUGAGUAUAUUACAUUUCUAAUAGGGUCUAAUUCAGUACUGUAUUGCAGUUACAUGUCCUAAUUUGCCAUAUUGCAAUGAACUGAACGGGUUAACAAAUUGGUGUGUUUUCAUCCUUUUUUUUUUUGUCCUAUUUUGCAAUCCCCCUAGGCAGUCACAUGGACCACCAAGGUAUUACUGGCAGACAAAUCAACUAGCAAAACGUCUCACCACUCUGCUUAUAAGGGUCCUCCCAACGACUCCUGUUUCAGAAUCAUUCCAACAUUAGGAAAUUCAAAUAACAGUCAAAUUCCCUGA